AUGAAGAGGAUGAUAAAAGAUUAUCUUAAAACGUGUUCUGGGGAAAAUAAUGAUAAUUCCCAAACAAAAUUGAAACUAUUAUGUCAGUUGCUGGAAGACCCAAAAAACUUUUGUAUCAAUCAGGUGGCUUUGUCUUCUCGAUUGAAAUCCUAUCGCUCUGCUGCCAUCAAGGUACUGGAUGGACUCGAGGACAUGCCUUUCAGAACACUGAGUGCAAUGCAUAGGAAACUGAGAGGUGUUAGAUACAUCCCUAAUAUGCAGUCUCCUAAAUCUGGAUGGAGACGUGACAGUUUAAUCAGUGCUGUGAGAAAAAGGUGCAUGAAGAUGCUCUUGGAACUCAGUGAAGGGGAGGAGACCCCAGAACCAUUAGUUGGUGCAUUGGCAGUUGCAGGCUUGACAUUAAAGCUAAUACAUAACACUCCUUCUGUAAUAGACUUCCGUAAAUUUUCACCAGAGACAGAAGCAUUGCAAAAUGAUAUUGCAAAGGCUAUCUGGUUACUAAAUGAUGUAAAGAGAGUGAGCUUGAUUGAACUUAAGAAAAUACAGUUUUUGCUGGAUCCUAGUACUGAAUUAUCAGAGAGAAGCUUGCGCAUGGCAGUAAGGAAUCUAUUGACUGAUUAUCUUUUUGAGUGCAGUGAUAUGGACAAUGUCCCAGAUUAUUUACUCGAAACUCUUUCCAUUAUCAAUAGAAGAUCUCAACUUCCGUCUCGAAGAAAACGUCUGUCUUCAAAAGUACAUUCAUCUUCUCAAGAACUAAUGAAGGAGGAGAUUAAAAAUGAGGUAGAGCAUAUAUUAAUUAUUAGUGCUCAGGCAAAACAAAUUGUCUGGGACUUGCUUUCUGAAAAUAGACUUGACCAAGAUUUUGCCGAAGCUUACAUGGAGGAUUCAGAAGAAAGUGAAAUGGCCACUACUUCCGAUGAUGAUAGUGAAGAAGAGUUGAGUCUUCCUCAACUUUAUAGAUUUCGUUCUCAUGAUCCAGAUAACCAAAGGGAAAGUAUUGGUGAGACCAACCUAGCGGGGACAAAUUCACCUGCCUCUACAAGUGAAACAGAUAACUGUUCCCCAUUGCUUUCACAUAAUGAAAGAUUAAAUUCCACUCGAGAGUCUAUGCAUAUUAAUGAAGCCGAUGCAGUUGAAUCUUUCUGUCUUGUACAUUCUCCUUCAUGUAUAGAAUCAAAGAUGUGUGUUGACAUGCAAAACAUGGAUAGAAAUCAGCGCCCAUUGGGAAGUACUGGGAAAUUGAGAAUGGAUUGUACUGAUAUGCUGUUGACAGCUGAGGAAAAUGUAUCUACUCCACCUGUCUCUCCUGAUAAAAAUUCAAAUAGGAAUGCAACUGAAAGUCAAGAAAUUUCAAGUAACUCAGCAGAAAUCCCCAAAUAUGAAUUUUCUGAAAAUUUCUCAGGUGAACAAUCAAAUAUUGUCAAUAACCAAAGCAAGGUGGUUAAUCAAUACCUUGAGUUCCAAGAUGCUUGUGACAAAACUAGUAUGGUAGCCUAUGAUUUAAUUGGUUGUAUGUUGGAUGAAUUCUCCAAGAUUGAAGGCUUCGAUUUGUACCAUGGUGACAGAUCAUAUCUCCGAAAUCAUGCUUCAGUUCCUCAGUAUUCUGGAGUCUCAAGAAACCAAAUGGCCUCUUCUAAGGAUGAUGUCCUUGGUUCAAUUAUUGUUCAGGCCAUUGAUGAGUUAUUACCCUCAUUUCCUGAAAGAUCCAUGUUGUGA